AUGUCGUCUCCCCCAGCCCAGGAUGCUACCGGCAGCCCAUUCGCAUAUGCAGGACGUGCACUUGUACGAGGCUUCAAUGGCUUGAUGCGAAGCAUGGACUUGGCACAAGUCCAGACUCCUACCGACAGCCAGGGCAAGCCAUAUGCUUCCGCGCAAGAGCAGAUGGCUGCAUCGUUCCGCACUGAAGAUGCCUCAAGCGGCGGCGAACAAAUCGGAGCUGACUCAGCCAAGGCGCAGACGGAGACUCCAGAUGCCAACGCCAACCCCACUCUCUUGGACGCCUGCGAACUGGCGAGUGGCCGCGGAGAUGAAGGCGACAUUGGAGUGUCUGAAGAAACUCUGUACCAACAGAACGCCGUCGAGCCGGAGGAGAUGGAUUGGAAGGAAGAUGCUGCUAGUGUUCAGGCUUACCAGGGGGAAAAGCGGAAGCGUGGAGAGGGCCCGGAGACUGAGAGCGGUGCUAGCAGCGGUAAGAAGCAACGCGUAUCAAACGGUCGCGAUGUCCGGACAGUGGCACCUCGGCGCAAUCCGAAUCGAGCAGCCCGGCCUGUACAGAAGCUACUUUAG